CUUUGACUUUAGGCUGACAGAUUCUCCAAACGUCAAAGUCAAAAAACAAAACUGAUAAAAAAAUUUUGUUAUCAAAAAAAAUUUUUAAUUUUUCUUUUGUCGCAUGUGAAAUUUCUUGAUCUUUGUGUAAUUUAAUCUAAAUUAAGCAUCAUGAAGAUCGGAUUAUGUGUGUACUCCGGGUACAAAAUAUACCCCGGCCAUGGCAAAACAUUGGUCAAAGCCGACGGAAAAGUGUUUACAUUUUUGAACUCGAAAUGUGAACGAGCCCACCUUAUGAAGAGAAAUCCUCGUAAAGUAACCUGGACCAUGUUAUACAGACGUAAGCAUAAGAAAGGUCAAGAAGAAGAAACUUCGAAGAAACGCGUGCGACGUGUAAACAGAGGACAAAAAGCCAUCGUAGGCGCUUCUCUGACCGAAAUCCUCGCUAAACGUAACAUGAAACCAGAGGUCCGAAAAGCUCAACGAGAUCAAGCUAUCAAGAUCGCUAAAGAACAGAAAAAAGCUACGAAAGAUUCGAAGAAACCUCCUCCACCACCGCCCUCAAAAUCGAAGACAAAACAGAGCAAAGUAAAAUCAUCAAAAAUGCAACAGAAAGCAGCCGCACCUCGCGUUGGAGGCAAACGAUAAAACUUUUAUUUUACGCUCUUUUCUGUUUAUUUGUAUUUUUUAUUAAAUUAUAACACUUUGACAGUAAGAAA